AUGGAAGAAAAUACUGCCGCAAUUGCUAGUUUAAUUAGUAAAGCGAUUAUUAAUUUAGGACAAGGCAUUACUGGAAAAUUAAGUGAAAUAAGAGGAGAAAUGGUCGCUAACUUCCAAGAAAUUUCUAACCUUCGACAAGAAAUAGAUAACUUUCGCAAUAAUCUAAAUGCCUUAGAUAAAGAUAUUGAAAACUUUCGUCAUGAAUUUACUCGCUUACAAGAUAAUGUGAAAAACUCAAUUCAACUAUCCAGUCAACAAAUAACUAGUCAAUUUAGUUCCCAGAUAAAUAAUCUACAAAGCCAGAUUAGUCAAUUGGCUAGUCGUCCAGUGGCUAGUUCUUCGGGUGGUGGUGGAGUUAGCACCGAUGAUUAUAACAAUUUGGUUAAGAAAAAUAACAAAAGAAGUGAAAUUGUUAGUAAUUUUGUCCGCAAAAUGAAUAAUUGUUUAAGUUCGAGCAGCAGUGGCCAGCAAGUCUCGAAAAUAGUUCAAGAAUUUAUUGACGAAUGGAAUGCUAGUUUGUAA